ACGUCGCCUGCGUCACUUGUUGACGUCGUCUUGAUUUUGAGCGGAGGACUUAUUUAUUUAUUAAUUGACGCAAGGGCGCUAAAUCUAAAAUAAACCGCAAAUAAAAUGUAAUAACCCACUAUGUUUACACUGAUGAAGUAGUUACACGCACGAGAGCCUUUUUUAACGUUUCUGAUUCUGGUACAGAAAUUAUAUGUAAGGAUAUGGCACCUCGCGUAAAACUGGAGAAAGCCGCUUGGCUUUGGGUGGAAACAGUAAAACCAGAAGAUAUAAAGCAGGAACAUAUAGAGCUAGCAUAUCGGAUCAAUAUUCCGACGUGCAAGAGAGGAAUCUGCAGGAGGAAUUGCAAAGGGAAUCCCAACUGUCUUGUAGGUAUUGGGGAACAGGUGUGGCUUGGAGAGAUUGAUGAAAACACUUUCCAUAAUAUUGAUGAUCCAAAUUCAGAACGCAGAGAAAAGAACAUAUUUGUUGGCCUGACCAACCUUGGUGCAACGUGUUACGUCAACACAUUCCUGCAAGUGUGGUUCCAUAACCUGGAGCUCCGUAGGAGCCUUUAUCUGUGCCAAAAUUCACGGGCACAGGAACACAAUAUUGAUUCUGAUUAUGAACCCCAGUCCAUAUGUGAGCAUUUGCAGUACCUAUUUGCACUCCUUCAAAAUAGCAACAGAAAGUACAUCGACCCCUCAGGGCUCGUCAAAGCACUGGGUCUGGAUACGGGACAGCAACAGGAUGCCCAGGAGUUUUCAAACCUUUUCUUGUCUCUUCUGGAGGAGACAUUGUCUAAGGAGAAGAAUCCCAACUUGCAAAAUCUCAUCCAGCAGCAGUUCUGUGGGCAGUUCUUCUACGUUACAAUAUGUAAUCAGUGUGGAAGAUCAUCUACUUUGCCAUCCCGGUUCUAUGAGCUGGAGCUGAAUAUUCAGGGGCACAAAAACCUCACAGAGUGCAUCACAGAGUUCCUAAAGGAAGAGAAGCUGGAUGGAGAGAACCGCUACUUCUGUGAAAACUGCCAGAGUAAACAGAGUGCCACCCGGCGGAUCAGACUUCACAGCCUUCCUCCAACCCUUAACUUGCAGCUCAUGCGCUUUGUCUUUGAUAGACAAACAGGUCUUAAGAAGAAGCUCAGCACUUUCAUCAAUUUUCCUGAGCAGCUGGACAUGGAACCCUUCUUUGAGGGAAAACUAGACCAGAGAUCUGUCUAUGAGCUAAGUGCGGUGCUAAUUCACCGAGGAAUCAGUGCCUACUCGGGACACUACAUCGCCCAUGUGAAAGAUGCUCUUACUGGUGACUGGUACAAAUUCAAUGAUGAAGAGAUAGAAAAAAUGGAGGGAAAGAAGCUGCAGCUUGGUAUUGAAGAGGACAUUGCUGAUACAGGUAAAACACUGUCACGGAAACCAAAGUGCAGUAAAGGCUACCACUGCUCUAGAAAUGCCUACAUGCUGGUGUAUAAAGUCCAAGAAGAGAAGAGCUCAGAUCUCUCAAGGACUAAUGUGAAGGUUCCACCUUUCCUUCAGAAGUUGGUAGACCAGGAUAACCAUAAAUUUGAAGAGUGGUGCAUGGAGAUGGCCAACAUGAGAAAACAAAGUGUGGAUAAGGGCAGAGCCAAGCAUGAAGAGGUGAAAGAGCUCUACGACCUUUUACCUGCAAAAGAUGGAGAACCAUAUGAGUUUAUUCCUCUGGACUGGCUGAAGAAGUGGCUUGACGACUCAACUGCCACAAAGGAAAUUGACAGCUCCGUCUUUCUUUGUUCUCAUGGAAAACUGCACCCAGACAAGAUGGGAGAAAUCAAGAGGGUCUCUCUGCAAGCUGCAAAACUCUUAUAUGAACGCUACGGUGGUGGGCCAAGACUUGAUGGUUCCUCUCUGUGUAGAGACUGUGUAAGCGAACGAUGCAGGGUGCUGCGGCUUAAAAAACAACUUGAUGAAGACUACAAAGAAAUUUCAAAUUUAGUAAAGUGCACGCCCAGUGGUGAGGGCUACUGGGUGGACAAGGCAUCUUUGCGAAGCUGGAGGCAGUUGGCUUUGGAACAACUGGAGGAAGAUGAGCAUGAAACUGAACACAGCAACGGCCAUACCAAUGGCCAGGGACCCCACACUAACAAGUUUGGCUUGGAUGUCUCAGGCGGUGUUGAAGAUGAGACGAAGACUUUCAAUGAAGACAUAAUUUGCAGUCAUGGGGGGCUGAGUAUUUUGGAGACAGAACGGAAGCUGGUAUCUAACGAAGUUUGGACUAAGCUGAGAGAAUACUUCCCUAAAGCCCCAGAAUUCACCCACAUUCAAGAGCCUUGUCGACAGUGUUUGACAUUAGAGCAGGAGGAAAAGGACAACGAGGCAGUCAGUAAGAUGAUGGCCCUUGACCAGAAGAACCAGCUACUCAACCUCUUCCAUGAAAAGAACCGUCCGACACUUAACAAGUGGCCCCAGGGCACAGAUAGACUUUACAUAGUCCCUCUGUUUUUUGUGGAGGAGUGGCGAAAAUUUAUCAGGAGACCCACAAAAUCAUCUCCAGUGUCUAAUGUGGGCAACUCACUGCUUCUCUGUCCUCAUGGUGGCUUCAUGUUCACUUAUGACUCCUUGAUCAACGGCGAGGCCCAACAUAUAGCUCUGUUGUGGCCUAACGAAUGGGAAGUGAUCAGCAGACUCUUCAUUGUUGACAAGCCAAUAGCAAUCCACUGUGUGAGACAGACCACACAAGACAGCUCCACAAUGCAGUACACCACCCAGCCUGAUCUGUGCUGGGAGUGCAGAGAGAGUUUCCUGUUUCAGCAGCAGAGGGACCUGAGAGAGUAUACCCAGGCAACUGUCUACGUCCGCAAAGUCAUUGAAGACAAAAUAACAGCAAACGAUGGUGCCCCAGAACUGAAUGCUUGCAGCUCUGAAGCAGAAGAGGAGAAGGAAGAGCUUCCAAAGGUGGAUGGAGAGAAAGACCCAGACUUCAGUCAGUCACAAGAUGGUACAAAGCGGAUAAAGUUGAAUGACAGCAGUGCAGCUUCAGUGGCUGCUUCUUCUGUAACCAGCAUGAUCAAACCAGGGGGAAUCAGAAGAAGCACUCGCCACAGGAAACUCAGAGGAGAGAAAGCACUUAUUGUUUCAGCAAAUCAGACACUAAAAGAGCUGAAGAUCCAAAUUAUGCACGCCUUUUCUGUGGCUCCAUUCGACCAGAACCUCUCUAUCGAUGGAAGAAGUCUCACAGAUGACUCUGCCACAUUGGGCAGCCUGGGUGUUAUCCCAGAAUGCAUAAUAUGUUUGAAGGCUGAUGAACCAGUAACAGAUUAUGCUGCAAUUGAUGAUGCCUAUCAGGUGAGAAUGCCUGAGGAGGGAUUUAAAGGUACAGGGCUUCUUGGGCACUAAGGAUUGCUCUGCUGUAGCCAUAACUAAAUUCCAUGGAUAUUUGAGGAAAAUUGCUUGAAUAUGUGGAGUGUCAAUAUAUAAAUAAGUGCUUUAAUUUUUAUGUUUUGGCUAGGUUUUCUUUAAUAAAACUGUGACUAUGUUAUAAACAAUCUGUUUUCCUUUGCUUAAGGAUUGUUGGUCUUUUGAUAAAUUUAGAUAAGUUCAAGGUUUGUUCAUUAAAAAGUUUUUGUCCUUACUUCAAACUGACCAAUUUGAACAGCUUGAAAAAAGAGAUCUGUUCUCCAAAUUGUAGCUUUAGUUCAGUUUGACUCGCAGCCAAGAAAAGUAACUGUUAUUUUUUUUAUUAUGGGUUAAGAAAAAUGUAAUACGAUGUUUCGUCUUUUCAUUAUGCCGAGGCUUGAGUACUUCUCAAUUUACAGUUAUUAAAACAAUGCACAAGCAACUAUCACUGCUCAUAAAUGUUAGAAUUUAUUAGCUCAAUAUCAUAACAUCAUAUCAGUACCAUACACAUUAUCAGUCAGAAUCUUGGAAACAAAACUGCAAGAUAUGUGUAGAAGCUGAUAAUUUUUUUAAUUCUCAACAGUAAAAACGUGAGUCGAAAGUAAGAAAUGGAAGUUACAUGUCUACAAGUUUUUGCUCUGUUAUUUCUUAUGGACAAUAAAGCUAUUUUCAAGGCA